AUGGCUCAUUCAAACCACCAAAGCCCGGGGGUUUCUCCUCCUCCCCUCCCGCACAGCACACACCCUGCGUUUACAAUCCACCGACUGACGCAUACAAAAUCAGGUUACAGAGACGCAUGCGCGGACAUCGCCUACGCAGUACAUUCACUAAACGACCCAAACACAAACAUAAUAACUCCGCAACCUCAUCCAAACCCGGCUACCGAGAUCGACUGGUCGUUCCCGGAUACCCGACGUGGUAUCCUAGCUGCUAUAGCCGCGGGAGCAAACACCAUCUGGGCAAACACCUGUCUGUUUGCUGAUCAUCCGCUCACCACCGUCUCCCUCCCGCCCAGCACAAAGCUAAUCGCGAACCCACCAAGAGUGGUACAUGCUGUUGACGAUAAGGCUUUCACGAACAAGCUGCUCCAACGCCACGGAUUUUCCAUACCAAAGAGCUGGCUAUUGGAAGGCGACUCGGGGCGGUCUAUCGAGCUGUUGAGCCAGCUGAUAUACGAUCUCCCAUAUCCCGUCAUCGUCAAACCCGUCCGUGGCAGGGGCAGUGAGGGGGUGCAAUUGAUAGAUGGGUUUGUCAGCAUGUUGGAUACCCUUGAUGACCUUUUCAAGACCUACGAUGUCCUCCUCAUAGAGGAGUUUUUGGAAGGAGAGGAGGGGACCGUGACCGUCGUGCCCGAUGGCCAGGGGAGGUUUGUCGCCUUGCCGAUCGUGCAGCGAUUCGGUCAGGUUGCCGGAGUGAUGCCGUGGAACGGGCACGUACCUGUUACCACUAAUUCUACUGUCUUGCCCGUGGGGGAGGAAGAUUUGUGGCAUCGAGCUGCUAAGAUAGAGUGCCAAAAGGCUGCAGAGUUACUCAAGCUUACUAGCAUUACUAGGAUUGACAUUCGCAGGAAGGACGAGAAUGGCGGAAAAUUCUUUCUGUUUGACGUCAAUCCUAAACCUAAUCUCACCGGCACCGGUCGCCCAGGUCGUGAUAGCCAGGAUAGUCUCUGCGCUAUGGCUGCUAGAGAAUUUGGAUGGGAGUAUCCGGCAUUAGUGAGAAAGUGUAUUGAUGCUGCCUACCCUUUGAAAGAGGCUCGCGCAAUUGAGCCGCCGGAGGCGGUGACUGGGAGUUUGGAUAACUUUACAGUUUGGGAAAGAUGGGGUUGA